AUGCCACGUCCAAAAACUGACAUCCCAGAAGAACCCCAAUCGCCCUUCCCCCUCGUCGAAACUUCAACCGUCAUAACAGGAUUUGGAAGAGGUUCAUCCGAACUAGGAAUCCCCACGGCCAAUAUCCCAAUCAACGAUGAUAUCAACAAAUUAGACACGGGGAUCUAUUACGGUUGGUGUAGAUUAAUCCCCCAUUCUGGACAAUCCGAUUCCAUCACCCAUAGAAUCAAUUGUGAAGAUCAAGAAGUGGUAUUCAAUCAUGGUAAUCAACUUGCAGGACAAGAAUUGGAUGUAUUACCGAUGGUGAUGUCAAUUGGAUGGAAUCCAUUUUAUCAUAAUAAGAGUAAAGCAGCUGAAGUUCAUAUUAUGCAUAAAUUUGAUAAUAAUUUUUAUGGAGCAGAUAUUAAAUUUGCGGUGUUGGGAUAUAUUAGACCAGAAUUGGAUUAUACGACCAAAGCGGCUUUGAUUGAGGAUAUUAAUUUAGAUAUUAAGAUUGCAGUAGAGAUACUCGAAAGAGAUGCCUAUAUGAAGUUUAGAACUUUGGUUGCAUAA